UUCCGGCGGUCUAGGUUGUCACUUGGCUGACCCGGCUUCUGGCCACACGGGUGAUCACGAUCGGUGCGUGGAGGGCCUGGCCGGGUCUGCACUCUCCAGGAGGUCCUGGGAACACAAGACUAGAGCAAGUGGGGACGGUGCUCGUAGCUGUCCACUUCGGGCCGUGGCUCGGUACACGUCGGCACUGCAAGCCGGCGGCCCUGCCUCCUAGCCUCAGUUUCCCCUGUUGGCUCGUAGCCGGCUGUCGAGACUGUAAGGGCCGUACUGAAGCCAAGUACUCUCCAUAUCCCCAGCUGCAGCUCUCCAGAAGUCCUCUGGGCGUAUAACGCCCUUGUCUGACCGGGAAACUGAGGCCCCGGUGGGCUGCGCGAGGCCGUGGGCGGGGACCGGCAAUGCGGGGCUCUCCCGCCCGCCGUGCCCCGCCCCCACUGCAGAUUCCGAUGGCUGCAACCUGGCCGCAGCUGACAGAUCCAGCGCGGGGCCUGAUGGCCUUUGAGGACGUGGCUGUAUACUUCUCCCGGGAGGAGUGGAUGUUCCUGGAUGCAGCCCAGAGGGCCCUGUACCGCCAUGUAAUGCUGGAAAACUUCGCACUUGUAGAUUCCAUAGGACUCUCUGUCUCCCGGCCUCUUGUGAUCAUCCAACUCCAGCGUGGUGAGGAACCCUGGGUUCCCAACAGGACAAAUGCAAGUCCAGGCAGGAGGACCCACAGGAGAUCCAGCCUUGGAUCCAGUUACAAUGCAAGGGACCGACAUGUUUCUGGAGAUGCACCACUUCCAGGGGUCACCUGUGACAGGCCUGAUGGGAUGCCUUCUAGUGUCCUUCCUCCUGCUGGUGCCUGCCCUGAUACAAAAAUCCCAGAGGGACACCAGAGCGCCUCCCUGUCUCUGCAGAGAAAACCCACAGGGGUAUCCGUGAUCUACUGGGAACAGCUCCUGCUAGGUUCCAGUGGCAGUGAGGCAACUGUCAGCCUGCGAUUGACUUCCCCAGGAGGGGUUCCUGAAAAUGGUCCGUCCACAGUGAAGGCCCUCUCUGACCUCCUGGCCCCAGAGAAGCAGCCAGGGGUAGCCAAGCAGCAAAAGCCAGAGAUGCAGCUAACCCCUGGGAGAAACUUCCAAAGCAUCGCAGACCUCCAUGGGGCCGGGGAGGGACGUGAGAUGAGUGGGGCUUGGCAUGAGCCUCAGGGAGACCACAAUGUUCCAGAGCUCCCAAUAUGGGAUGAGCUGGGCGAGGCCCUCCAGGCCGGUCCGGGUCUUCUCUCUGGGGACAAACCUUUCGAAUGUAGGGCGUGCAACAAGGUGUUCGUGAAGAGCUCAGACCUCCUUAAGCACCUGCGCACCCACACGGGGGAGCGGCCAUAUGAGUGCACCCAGUGCGGCAAGGCCUUCAGCCAGACAUCACACCUGACUCAGCACCAACGCAUCCACAGCGGGGAGACGCCCUAUGCAUGCAUGGUCUGCGGCAAGGCCUUCCGACACAGCUCCUCGCUAGUGCGCCAUCAGCGCAUCCACACGGCGGAGAAGGCAUUCCACUGCAGCGAGUGUGGCAAGGCCUUCAGCCACGGCUCCAACCUCAGCCAGCACCGCAAGAUCCAUGCAGGAGGGCGACCUUAUGCCUGCGCACAGUGUGGCCGCCGCUUCUGCCGCAACUCGCAUCUCAUCCAACACGAACGCACACACACCGGCGAGAAGCCCUAUACCUGCUCCCUCUGCGGCGCGGCCUUCAGUCAAGGCUCCUCGCUCUUCAAGCACCAGCGCGUGCACACUGGAGAGAAGCCUUUCUCAUGCCCACAGUGUGGCCGUGCCUUCAGCCACAGCUCCAACCUCACACAGCAUCAGCUGCUACAUACUGGCGAAAGGCCCUUCCGAUGCGGGGACUGUGGCAAGGCUUUUGCCAAGGGCGCAGUGCUGCUCAGCCACCGGCGCAUCCACACGGGUGAGAAGCCCUUCGUGUGUGCACAGUGUGGCCGGGCCUUCCGUGAGCGCCCUGCCCUCUUCCACCACCAGAGGAUCCACACAGGAGAGAAGGCCCUGCGGAGGCCCAGGGGUGGCAUGCACUCCCAGGCCAGGUCUCUGGGGGCAUCCUUAGAUGGUGCACCUCCCAAGGACACCUCCACCUUAGGCCCAGCAGCGGUCCCAAAGCUAGCCGAGUCCUGAGGUCACAACUGUGCUAUUUCCUGCCUUCUCUGAAUCCCUUUCCCUCACUGUGGAAGAGCCUGUGUUCUCGAAAAUCCACUAACAAGCCCUGUUAUGUGAGCCAGGUAUGAGGAAGACUUGCCAGUCAGUUCCAUUUACGUAUGACAAAAUCUGCUCUUCGUCCACAACUCACACCUACACCCUCAAAGAAGGUGUCCUGGAGAGGCGUCCACAGUA